AUGUCCGAAUUCAAAGCGUUCAAGAAAGCUGACUUGGCUAAAGUCGCUCGCAAGGUCGGCAUUUCGGUCAGGUCCAAGGACACGAAGCAAUCGUUACUCGAAAAAAUUGAGUCUUUUAUCGACGAGCAGCCCGAGAAAGCAAAGGAAUUGAUCGAGUCUGCGGGCCUCGAAGACGAGGUCGCCACUUUGAUCGAAGACGAAGAUGAAGAGGAAGAGGAGGAACACGCUGCUGCCGGUGCUGAAGACGACGAGGACAAGGACUACAAUGCCCCAGCGCCCAUUUCUUUCCAGGAGUGGGUGAUCGACCCAGCAAUCGACCUUUUCGAAAACGCUCGUUCCAAGGUGUUGGACUUCACAGACUCAAUUGGCCUCACCACCUUGGAUAUCAACGACGACGUGAGAGAACUGUUGUCGAGAGUGGUUGCUUUGAACUACUUGGAAUUGUUAGCUGAAGCCGUUUUCUUCACUUACACCAACGUGCCCAUUGUGCCUAUCAAGCGUAACAACUCAAUCCACCAGGUGUUUAAGGACAACAUUCCAAGGUUGCAAUCAAGCAAUUUGCCUUCCCCUGACUUUUCUGCCUUGAUGGAGUUCAGUGUGUUGUCAGUGUUUGGAAAUUGGAUCAUCUACGCUGUCUUGUUACCCUUGGUGAUUUCUUUCUACGUUAAUUUCUCCAGAAGAGUCGUGGUCAUCCAGGACGAAGACGACGAAGAGGAUGACAUUUCAUUUGUGGUUAGACUUUACAAGUACGAUCCUUUUGUGUUCGCCUUGGCCAAGGUGUUGAUCUACUACUUUAUCCUCCAGAAUGGCGCUUUGUCUACUCUCGAAAGCUACAAGACCAUCUUCCACGCUUUGAAGAACCACGCUGUCAUUCAAUUGGGUCUUUACCACCAGUUCAUCUCAGGCUUGGGUAGCUUCCCCAUUGUCAUUGGUCUUGCUAAUGUGGCCAUUGGACUCUACUCUCAAUUUGAGGAUUUCUAA